AUGAAUUACGGUUACGUUCCUAAGGAUGGUCAUGGCGGUAAUAUUCCUCAACAACACAAUGGUCCUUCACCACAAUCAUUUCACCAACAAAUUCCUCUUCAAAACUCGUAUUCUCGGAAUGGAAGACCAACUUCUUUAUCUACCGAACAUCAAAUAUUUCAAACAAAUCGACUGCGUAUUAAUAAUGAUAAUUAUAAUUAUCCUUCCAGAAAUGUUCCUCUUGAAAGUCAAUCACCAAGAUAUAACGCAUCCUCGGUGAUUCCACCACAAGUUGCUCAACAAAAUCAACAUUUCAAUCAAACCAAUCCACAAAUAAAUCCUCAACAAAUUAAUUUUAAGCAACCUAAUCAACAAAUAAUUGAUCCUAAUCUUCAGAUUAAUUCACAACAAAUUAGCCCUAAACAGAUUAAUCCACAACAAAGUAGCCCUCAACAGAACAAUCCUCAGCAAAUCAACCCUCAACAGAUUAUAAUUCAUCAACAAGUUAACCCUCAACAGAAUAUUCCUCAAAAAGUCAACCCUCAACAGAUUAAUCUCCAACAAUUUAAUCCUCAACAAACAAAUCAACAAUUUGUUUCAAAUCCUCACGAACAUAAUCAAUAUAUCCAUACGGAAAAUAGCAUUAAUUCACCAAAUUUUAUCAUUGUUCAAGAAGCGUCGCAACCACCCUUAAAUGCCAUUGUAGUUACGGAAAAGGGGGAUAUACCAGGACAAGUUGAUUAUUCGAUUCCAUCAAUCAAUAGGACUUUUACACAACUUACUAGUCUGGAGCAAAUUUGGGAUUUGCCUUUAACUCAUGAUGGUAAACCAACUUGGAAAUUUUGUGAAUAUGAAGGGUCAUAUGAACUAACUUCUUAUUUUAUCUUUGUGUUUCAAUCUUGUAUUUUUAUAGAUCCAUAG